AAAUCGAAUUAGUAAAGUCGCGCAUCGCUACUCUGUGAUUACGUGCUCUGUUUUAUUUACUGACUUAUUUAUUUUUCAUUUUUAUUUAAAGUUCUAAAAUUAUGAAAUUAAAGAAAACUAUAAUUAACUGAGAAUAAAAGAUUUAAUAUAUUAGGUAUUCUUGUUUCUAAGAAAAUUUCUUAUCUGACAUAUUUCGUAUUGCAAGGAAUGCAAGGUGUUUAUUUAACUAUAAAUUUAUUGCUGUUAAAGUUCAGUGAAAGCAAAAUAUAAAUAAUCUUGUGGAAAUAUCUAAUAAAAAGAAGUCAAAAUUAUAAAUUGCAAGAUGAGAACUUGCAGAAUUUGCCUUAAAAUUGAUGUGAAAAUGUAUUAUUUGGGAGAGACCGAAGAAAAAAAAUUUAUUCAAGAUUUAUUUACACAACACGGUUACAAUUUUCAGAAUUUAGAACAGCCUCAUUAUGCAUGUUUUGAAUGCAUAGCUCUUCUAAAAAAGACUUAUAAAUUUGUGAGCAGAGCAUUAAAGGCCCAACAUGUGUUAAGAAACAUUUUUGAAAAUCAUAAAAAGGUGACAUUAUCAUUACUUCAAUCUAUAAAUAGAGAGGAACAUGGACUUGACUCAAGUCUGAGCUGCAGCAUACCAGUAUUCACUGAUGUUGAUGUCACAAAUGAAUGUAAAAAUGUACCAGAAGUUAAUGUAGAAAAAUCUCUAGUUGAAAUUAAAAUAGAACCAUUUUCACCAGAUGAUGAGUGUGAUAAUACAAUUGCUGAAAAUACAGAAGAUUUUAUGGCAAUAAAUGAAAACAGAACAAAAUACUUUGAUGAAAUAUCAAAUAACAGUAAUCUUAAUAGCUCUGCUGAGGAUAUGUUUAUGAUGAGAAAUAAAUCAAUAAAGAGGGAAGAUGAUGAUGAUUUUCCACCAGAUAUAACCUAUGAUGGAAAUAGGCAUAUAAAAAAGGAACCAGAAGACGUUGAUUAUGAGCCACAUAUGAUAUAUGAUGCCAGCAGUAAGAAAAAAGUAAAAAAAAGAAAAUUGAGGGUUUAUCCUAUGAAAUGUGAAAUGUGCAGCUACGAGAUACAGAAGUCAGCGGAUCACUGGAAACAUUACUUGUUUACACAUUCUGCUAAGGAGUAUCCACAUAAGAAACAGAAAAAUUACAAGUGCUCUUUGUGUGGCGUUGGUAAAAAUAAAAAAGGUCAAUUACAAGAGCACAUGUUAAUUCAUGGCGAGAAAACAUUUGAAUGUCAUAUAUGUCACAAGAUGUACCACACAAAGAGGUAUAUGGCACGACACUUAAAAAGAGUUCAUGGCAAUGUGAAGUUGAUAUGUGACUUUUGUUCGAAGAGUUUCGCAAAUAGGGUGGAUAUUGUACGGCAUAUUAGGAUACACACCGGUGAGAAGCCAUACAAAUGUCACAUCUGUGACGCUAGGUUUGCUAUUAAAGGUAACGUCGGCAUCCAUAUUCGUAGCAAACACCGCACUUGGCCAAUGAUGGAAACCAACAGUACAAAUAACAUUUGUAAGGAUAACAAUCGCAAAGGAAAGAAGUGAAAGUAAAUUAUCAAACAUAGUCUGUGAUUGGUUUAUUUUAAAUUUGAUUAAUUACUCUGAGGUCUGUCAUAUUUGUCUUUGGAAUAUUUAUGACUACAAUGAAUUGUCCACAAAAUAUGUAUAUUAAGGGUUAAUAUGCAAUGUGCAUUUUUAACCGCGUCUUGCAUAUUACUCUCUAAGGCGAUAAAAUCGAUAUAUACAUACGUAGUACAGAUUAUGUUCAGUUGUAUGUGGUAAGAAAUGUCAAAAUUCACAAUAUGGAUACACACCCUGAGGGAAGUCAUAUUGUUUUGUAGAUUUGUCACUGCACCUAUUGUUUAGCCAACUGUGGUGAGUCACGUCGACGUGCAUUCCUCGCUCGAAGAUCAUUCACCCAUUAUGAUUUUCAUAUUUCAAUAAUAUUUUUUUUUAUCUGUCUCUGCAAACAUUUGGGUGUUUUUAUUAUAUAUUAUAUAUAUUAUUUGAGGCCUUGUUUAAGACCACAUCUUUGUUAUUGUUUAUGAAGUUGGCAAUGUCUGAAAAUAUUUUUAGAGCCUAAAACAUUUAUCUAAAGACAGAUCUUACAUAAAAUUCCCACUUCAUUAAUGCUAAUUUCUAAAAUUAUUAAUUUUCAUGAAAUUUUGUAAAUGUGCAUUUUUUAUUUAAUUUGAGAGAUUGGAUAGGAUAAUUUAUUCCGAUGAAAAAAAUGGACCCAGUUUUGUUAGUUUUACAUCAAAUCAAGUUUAUUAAUGUAUGAAUUUUGAUAAAUUGCAUCUGUGACUGGCAGAUAAAUCUUACAUGGUAUCUAUUUAAUUUUUAAUGACUGAAGUCAUUAGAAAUUGUAUGCAAUGAGGUUAUAAAAUUAUAAUAUUAAUAUGAUACUUUACCAAAAUUAUUAUGGCAUGGGCCAUCGAUAGUUUUAUGUAAAGCAGUUCUGAUUCAAUUUUUCAAAGCAGUCGUCAUUGUUUUGCCUUAUCCCAUUUAUUUAGGUUCAGUGCAGUAUGUCUUCAUCAUUCAUACUUAACACUUUCAUUUACCAACGCAUUUCAGACAUGACUCAAAUGAUGAGAAUGUUGAUGUACUUAAAUAUUUAUAAUUAAAUAAUAAAGUGUAC